AAUAAUUAUUGUAAAACAAUUUGAAGUAAACGAGACACAAAUUAAUUUUACAUUUCGAAGAACUGCUGAACGAAAAAAUGCCUAUUGCUUCGUGCCGAUUGUGGCAAAAUGUUUUUAACUUUGAAUAUGGAUUUACACCAAUAUUAUGAUUGAAUCAUUACAAACAUUAUGAUGCUCUUACAAUUGAAUUUGAAGUAAAGUAUAAAAUGACAUCAGUCCCUCCAGUAAAAACCAAAGUGAACGAAGUAAAAAAUUUGAAUGAAAAGUAUGGAGAAAUGACAGAUAAAAGAUUAACAGUACUUGAGACACAUGGUUAUGCUAUUGGAAACGUAAUCGGCGUGGGUUCUUAUGCGACAGUCAAAGUUGCAAAAUCAGAGCGACACAAUAGUCAGGUAGCGAUAAAAAUAAUUUCGAAGUUUCAAGCACCAGGUGAUUAUUUAAAAAAAUUUUUACCUCGUGAAAUCGAAGUUGUUAAAGGAUUAAAACAUCCAAAUUUAAUUCGCUUUUUACAAGCUAUCGAAACGACACAUCGGGUAUAUAUAAUUAUGGAGUAUGCACAGAAUGGUAGCUUACUUGAUAUCAUAAGACACGAUACUUAUAUCGAUGAAGGUCGUAGUCGCCGAUGGUUUCGUCAACUUCUUGAUGCCGUUGAUUAUUGCCAUGAAAAGGGUGUAGUUCAUAGGGAUAUAAAGUGUGAAAAUUUAUUAAUGGAUAAUAAUUUGAAUAUUAAAUUAUCUGAUUUUGGUUUUGCACGUGGUCAUAUGAAACCAAAAAAUGGAACAUCACCUCUUAGCGAAACUUUUUGCGGUAGUUAUGCUUAUGCUUCUCCAGAAAUAUUGAAGGGUAUACCUUAUCGACCACAGUUAUCAGAUAUAUGGUCUAUGGGUGUAGUACUUUUUGCUAUGGUUUAUGGACGACUUCCUUUUGAUGAUACAAAAUAUACUCUUCUUUUAAAGCAAGUACAAAACAAGGUCACCUUUCCUAAAGAACCAGAUGUAUCUAGUGCUUGUCAAUCCCUCAUUAGUCGUAUACUUGUAGCACAACGCCAUCGCUUACUUAUUAAUAACAUUAGAAAAGAUGCAUGGUUAACUAUGUCCAGUGUAGCUAUGCAGACAUCUACUAUAAAUGAAAAUGAUUCAUCAAUGGCAAUUAAACAAACAAAGUCUAAAGAAAAUAAUGUACAACAUAUGAAAACUAUGAAUGAUAAAGAUUCGCUUAAAAUGCAAGACGUGAAAAAUACGAAGAAUAUUAAUACUGAUACUUCUAAAUAUGAUGUCAAUAUUCAAUUGCAAAAUGCUUUAACAAAUGAUUGUUAUAAUCACGGACAAAAUCAAAACUCGUAUUUUGAAUAA